CGAAUCAGACUGUCAGUCACUCAGGAGUGGCUGUAGCGUGUGAAGCAUGGCGCUACGCUGUGUGUUUUCGAGUCCCGGUUUUUCACAUCUUUGACCCAUUUAUAAAAUGUAUUCACAUUAAGAAUAUCGUUCGGUAUAAUUUAAUCAAUCAUAAACAUCCCUUUAUAUUUAGUUUUAUACGAAAAGGAUAAACUUCAUUACUGAAACCACCUUGUGCUUAUGAAAAUGCUUCCACUUUCACAUAAAGAUUCAAGAAACCUUGGCAGUAGAAUAAAGGAGAAAUUAUUAGGAUGGAAACGUUUGAUAUUUUCUGACAAAAAUACUAGAAAUUUGUUUUUAUUUCUUUUAUUGAAUUUAUCCUUUGCCUGCAUUGAAUUAAUGUAUGGAAUAUGGACAAACAGCUUGGGUUUAAUAUCAGAUAGUUUCCAUAUGUUCUUUGAUUGUACUGGCUUAUUAUUUGGUUUGGCUGCAUCAGUUAUUACAAAGUGGAGAGCAAAUGAACGAUAUUCUUAUGGUUAUGUCAGAGCAGAAGUUUUGGGAGGAUUUGUCAACGCUCUGCUUUUAUUCUUUAUUGCUCUCUUCAUUAUGUCUGAAGCUGUGGAAAGAGCUAUUGAACCUCCAGAGAUUAAACACGAAAGACUUUUGGUUGUGUCCAUCAUGGGAUUAAUAGUCAAUUUAGUAGGAAUGUAUGUAUUUCGUCAUGGACAUGGACAUAGUCAUGGAAUGGGACAUGGUCAUUCCCAUUCCCAUUCUCAUGGAAGUCAUACACAAUCUCAUUUAAACCACAGUCAUAGUCAUGAUCAUCAUGAUAUCGAAAUUGAUCCUUCCUUCAGUGGUACAAAUUCUCAGAUUAUGAAAGGAGUUUUUUUACAUAUCUUAGCAGACACUCUUGGAUCUGUAGGUGUAAUUAUAUCAGCAGUACUGAUGCGUUUAUUUGGUUGGUUUAUAGCUGAUCCAAUUUGUUCCAUGCUGAUAUCAGUAUUGAUAGUUUUAAGUGUGCUUUCUUUAAUGAAAGAUUCAUGGGAAAUUUUAAUGCAAAGACAACCAGCUGCAUUGGAUCAUAUUUUACCACAGUGUUAUAACAAAGUGACACAAUUAGCUGGAGUAUAUAGUGUGCAAGAACCACAUUUUUGGACACUUUGUUCAGAUGUAUACGUCGGGUGCUUGAAAUUGGAAGUUGCCAGAACAGUAGAGCCUAAAUAUGUUGUAGCACACACUCAGAUGAUUUUUCAAGCUGCUGGAGUAAGGCAUUUAACUGUUCAAUUAGAUUACGCACCUAUGUGAUCUAUGAAAACUAUGCAUGUCAUUAAGUGUUCAUACAAGUGCUCCAAAACUGUAUUUAUUUGUGGAGUUUGUCAGAAACAAGCAAGAAAUAUUGCACUCGUGCAAAAUAUUUUUGCCAUUUUAAAAUUGUGCAGAUAUUUUGUCCUAAGUAACAGUGAAUAUCAUCUUGGGUUGCAGAUUAUUUAAAAAUCUGUUCAAAUCUAAAAAAAAAAAAGUGAAAAGAUAUACCAGAACUUAUGUGACAUAGAAUCCUAUUAAGAGAAUAGGUCUUGUGGUCAA